GUCCAUUGUCUGUUUACGCACUUUACCUUAUAGCCCACCUGUCCUCCUCAUCAAUAUGGACCAGCUUGCUCGCUAUAUUGUACCCCACCUCCCAGCUGACCUUCAAGCCCUCUACCUGCAUCCUCCAAACUUGUCCGAACCCUCCUCCUUCAUUCCUCUCAUACGGACCCUGUUCCCCUAUGCCAAAUACCUCAUCGUCGUCCUCGCCUUUUACAUAGUAUGGACAACGACCAUGUCCAUAUUAGGCUACUUCUCCCGGUUCCUACGCUUCACGAUGAAGAUCGGACCGAUACUGGCAUUGGCAGGCUGGGUCAUGGCCAAUUCAGGACAGGGAGGAGUUGAAGAGCUCGUCCAGGCUGCCAAGGAAUGGGCUGGAUUAUCUCAACCCCAAGUUGGGAGACAAUGGUCCCCUGGGAUCGCAAGUUUGUUUGGCGCAAGCUCGAGUACGAAAUCUCGGACGAAGAAGAGUUCAUCGAGGACUGGUGGGAUCUUCGGCCUAGGUCAGCAAGAAGAGCCCAUCUCAUCACGGACGAGGAACGGAAAGAAGAGGAAGACGAGAGCUUCGAACGAAGGUGUAGGAGACGUCUUGAAUGACUUGUUGAGUUCAGCAGCUGGCAAUGCUGCGGCUGGCGGAGCAGGCGGAGAAUGGCAAGAUGCCGUCCAGGGUUACGUCAAGAGAACAUUGGCAAAGGCAUCGGGGUUGGACUGGUUAUUUGGCAAUGAUCAGGAGGAGACUGGUACAGGCAGGGCCAGGUCAAGGUAGCAAGGUAGAGUAGGGUAUCAAAGCUGUAUCAGGGUUUUGUUGUCAUAUCUUCAUGUAUACCGACUGGUCAUUCCUCUGGUGGUGGAGGUCGACCCAGCGGCAAACCAUUUUGCCAUUUGAACACUGUCACCCUGUCAAGCUGCUGUGAGGGAACAUGCCGAUAGCGCUUGACGACAAAGUCGACGCCUCGUCGUCUUCGUACGCACAUGUCGAUCCAAAGUCGUUUCCUGCGCUAGAUCA